GAGAGCAGAAACAGAAGUGAGAUUAAUAUCAACAAACUGAGUUUACAACUCAAGUAAAACUUAACUACAUCCGAAACCGAUACAUUUGAACACGUUGUUGUGUUCAGUUGAAAUGCCGUAAGAAAUCCAGUACGUUACGGGGAAGUAUGUUAAUGCACGUCGUGGAAGUGGUUUGUUUUUUCGCUCAAACUCGGUGGCUAGUUUAGCCAUUUGGAGGAGAGCUAAGUUAGCUAACUUUUUUGUCAGUUGGCUGGCGUGAACUCAUUUGGACACCCCCAGCGAGCAAACAGUCGUCUAAUAUGCUCGGAUAUUACCACGUGCUUAGUUUUAACAAGGUUGUGGGUGUAGCAGGGUUAUCUCUUUGCUGCUGUUGUUUGUUUGCUGCCCGUCCUGGUCGUUUUAUGUGGCGCUGAUAGAGCCCGGUUCGCUCGCAAUGCUCCUGCAGCUGCUCCCACCUGUCAACUAGCUGGUUCCUCUCCUCCCGUCUCCUGUCUCCCUUCUGUCGUUGCCCAAUGGCCCACUGCGGCUCCUCCGAGUCGAGCGCAAAGGUACAGGCACCGCGUCCGGACGGCAUCAUGCCGUCGCAGGGUAGCGUAGACCAGAGCAUGAAGCCGGUGCUGUUCGAGAUCUUCGGCGAGAUAUGGACCGUCCAGUCGCGGCUUGGCCAGGGAGUCUCGGCCUCGGUGUACCGGGUCAGCUCAGGCAGAGCCACCACCGCCGCUGUUAAGGAGUUUCAGGCCGACACUCAGGGAGGAGAUUACGGGUAUCACAAGGAGAGGUCCGUGCUGGAGGACAUCCAGGGACAUAAAAACAUCGUGACACUGUACGGGGUGUUCACCAACCACAGCUGUAUGGGUGUUUCGACCCGCUGUCUUCUGCUGGAGCUCUUGGAUGUCAGUGUGUCUGAGCUGUUGGUGAGAGGCAGCAGUGGUACCCAGGGUGGUAGACCUCAGCAGGGCCACUCCAUGUGGCUUGUUCAGCACUGUGCCAGAGACAUCCUGGAGGCUCUCGCCUUCCUUCACAAGGAAGGCUAUGUUCAUGCCGACCUCAAGCCACGCAACAUCCUCUGGAGCGCUGAUGACGAGUGCUUCAAGGUCAUCGACUUCGGCCUCAGCUUCAAAGAGGGAAACCAGGAUGUCAAGUACAUCCAGACAGACGGGUAUCGCGCUCCGGAGGCUGAGCUUCAGAACAGUCUUGCUCAGGCCGGGAUGGAGGUGGAGGGAGACUCGGGCUGCACAGCCGCUGUGGACCUGUGGAGCCUGGGCAUCAUCCUGUUGGAGAUGUUCUCAGGAAUUAAACUCAAAGAAACUGUCCGCUCGCAGGAGUGGAAGGAUAACAGUGCUGCCAUUGUUGACCAUAUCUUUGCCAGCAACAGUUUGGUGUGCCCUGCAAUCCCUGUCUAUCACCUCAGAGACCUUAUCAAAAGCAUGCUUCUCAAUGACCCAAAGCAAAGAUGCACAGCUGAAACUGCCCUGCUGAGCCCAUUCUUCAGCAUUCCCUUUGCUCCUCACAUUGAGGACCUGGUUCUGCUGCCCUCUCCUGUUCUGCGUCUGCUCAACCUGAUUGAUGACAGUCAUCUGCACAAUGAAGAAGAGUAUGAAGACAUCCUGGAGGACAUGAAAGAGGAGUGCCAGAAGUACGGCUCAGUGGUUUCUCUGCUCAUCCCCAAGGAGAACCCAGGGAAAGGACAGGUGUUUGUAGAGUACGCCAACUCCAGUGACUCCAAAGAGGCCCAGCGGUUGCUGACAGGUCGCACCUUCGAUGGGAAAUUUGUUGUGGCCACCUUCUACCCUCUCAGCGCUUAUAAAAGAGGUUACCUGUAUCAAACUGUGCAGUGAAGUCCUGAAGUUCAAUUUACACCUCUGCUUUGUUCGCAUGAAAAUAACCCAACUGCGCAGGGCACCAUAAAGGAGACGUCGUUUUCUCUCUUUAAGAAUAACCAGACCACACGGAGUUAUGAGUGGCCACCCUGCAGUUAAAAUUGAUUCAGUUAUCAAGGAGUGUAGCAUAAAGUUCUGCAUGUUAGCCAUGUGGUUUUCUACUUUUAAUCUGUGUUUUCAUGCAAGGUGUAAAUUGAACUCAGCUGUGAGGGGUGUACAGCAUCACUUUAUUUCUGCUGCCUCCAGUCUGUGCGCUGCUCUUAUCAGUACACAUCCAUGUAGUGGUUCAAGGUGAACUGCACCUGUUUCAAUUAAUGACUCUGGACCAGAGAUCUGUGGUCUGAGGAAAAGCAGUUCCUGCUCUAGCUUCCAUUACACUCAUUAAUUCACACUUCAUUCAUGGAAAUGACCACGCUGAGAGAAUGUGUAAUUAUGACAAGAAAAAUCUGUGGUGUGGGUUAGUAGAGCAAAAGCCUUUAUCGACAAUGUAAGGGUUUGAGAAUCUGUGCUCUACAUUACAUCUAAAUAGGUGCAACUCUCUAGAUCUUAACACUUUAUCUCAUCAGUUGAGUCAGGGAUGUGAUUAGAAACAUGUAGCGGGAUAAUAUUGAUCUCCCAGUAGUAAUGACUGAGAGUUUUAUGUCUCAAACUUAAAAAUCCUGAUAGCAAAAAAAAAAUCCCUGUCAACUGAAAAUGUCCUGUGGUGAAACUAGCAUUCUAUCCUGUUGUUAAAUUUAUGAUAAUAAGAAUUAUGUUAUUGUUGCCUAUUUAUAUUUGUUAUGUUUAACAUUAGUGGAAACGUGCGUGAGUGGAAACGUGCAUGAGUGGAAACGGCGUAGUACAAGGGGAUAUACAGGUAUUCUUUUCUGGUUCCUCAGGCAUUUUUUCUGGUAGAAAUAGUUUUGAGUGACCCUUCCACCAGUUGGUGGAUUUCACUCAUUUUCUGCCAUUAUCUGAGUAAGCCAAGGGCUCCCUGUUCCCUAUCCUGUAGCCUUAUGCUUUGUCUCCAUACUUGGAGAAUAUUUUUAGCAUCAGUUAAGGUACUGAUGUCUGAGAGAACAUACACUGGGUUUUGUGUUUUGACUGCAACACUGAAAGGGCAUAUGAACAAGUUUUUAAGAGUGUGCUGAAUUUGUCUGGUUUGCGACAACUAAUGUAUGAAUAUGAUGUAAAUCCAAAUCCUUUCCCAGUUGGAAAAUGAGUCUGUGAACAAAAAGAGCAGUAGUUCCAAGUGUGGUAGAAAAGUGUGGUCUUCUAACUAACUAAAGUCAAGUACAGUUUAAUUUUACCUCAUAGAGUAGUGUAAUUUGAAUUCCAGCCUAGAGCCAAAGUGUCACGCUGUGUUAUCACUGUUCAGUGUCUCAGUGAGACAAUAGAAAAUGCAGAUAUACAGUCAACUGUUGCUCUGUUAUGCAAGGCCACUGUGUGUAGCGUUUUUUUGUAGCAUCUAUCAAAUUACUCUAAUGGCACUCUGUGUUUUUCUGAUGCCAAAAUGUUCAAAUCCUACACAUGGUGGCUUUAAGGAUUGUGAAGGGAGAGUGCAGUAGCUACUCUAGACAGAUACAGUGCAAUGUUAUACAACCUUCCAGUGCUUCACCUGAUACUAUAACGCUCUCAGUUAGUUUGUGCAUAAACUCUAGUAAGUUGAAAGGUAGACUCCUAGCCCAACAUUGUAGCACUGCUGUCCUGUAGGAAUAUAUUUCACCAAGGUGUUUGAGUACCGAAAAUACAGGAAGUAAUAUUGUUUCAUGCUUCUGUAUUUUCUCAAUCAAAAAUGUGACAGAAAUGUCAUAAAAUAUGCAGUCUUGGAGCCAAUACAAUUAUAUAAUUUUGUUGUUUUUGUUAUAUUGGUUAUAUCAGGGCAGUGACAGAGAUUUACUAAUGGAGUACACGAUUAUGUUGAAAAGCAGUGACGGUCGGCAAGCCUGAUAUUUUUCCAUUGGAAUGUACUUUUUGUUGUAGAGCCAGAAAUUCUUUCAUUCUCUUGGUUCCACUGAGUCCACUGUGAUAACAGGGGACAUGUAGUGCUCAUCAAGCCCGCUCUGUCACACUGAAGCAUCAGAUGAUUUCUACACAAGUGCCCUAUGAUAUUCACAAGCUAGCUAGCUAACUAACCAAAAUGCUACUCUAACAACUGGUCGUGCAACACCUAACAUAGCUGAAGCCGUUGUAGAUGCCUUAGAAAAUAUUUCUCUUCCGGCAGAUGUAGUGCUGCCCACUAGCAAAACCCAGAUUGUUAUGGAUGAUAAAAAUGGAGCAGAAAUCACUUUUUCACUGUAUUCUUGUUAAAACCAGACUUUGCAACUUUUAUUGACUAGCAGUCACUGCAGCUACAAGUGAAAAUGAUGGUAUUAUGCUAAUGCUGGUAUUAGCUAAAUGCUACACUAAAUGCUAAAUUACUGUUUAGCAGUUAGCAAUACUUCUAUUUAACUAAAUGCUAAUUUAAUUGCUAAUGCUAAGUAAUUGUAACACUCACAUAAGUGGAGAUGAGUCAUGAAGUCAGCGAAUUGAUUCAUUAAUGUUACUGACAUUACUGAAUAUGUUAUAUGUUACAUGUUACUAACAUUAGUCAACAUUAGCUACCGUAAACUACUGGUUAAACAAAACCAAGUAAGGCUGUAGCAGCAAAACCUCCAGUGUCUUGAAUUGCUAUGAAUUUAAAUGUUUCAUGUGUAAGAGGAAGAAUGUGUCUGAAAGUUACAUAAUCUUGCUUUAAAGUCUGGUGUGUGAAGAACUGCACUAAUGUUUUAGAGCACAAAUAUAGAGUCCCGCUCCAUCUAAAUGGGUAAUGUGAUUUGAGUGUGAGAAAACCUAAAUAUUCAUGUAUAAUAAGAAAAUGUUUGAAGCUUACAAAUCUUCCUCUGUCUUAGACUUAUUUCUAUUGGCUGGACCGCAACAGUGGGGCCAGCCCUAUAAAUGCGAAUGUCACAGACUGACUGACUGACUGACUGAUAGAGUUGAGUGAUCAAGUUACAUCACUUGUCAGCCGAAUGCCACGAGACUGAGUCAUAAAGUUACACUAUUGGUGGGCCGGCCGAGUGUUGGACUUUCCCCAUUGGCCAUUGCUCUUUCAAAAUGUAUUUGCAUAAAGAUUUUCUAUUAGGGGGGUGUUUAUAGCCUGCAGUGUUGCCAUUUUAGUGCAUUUGUCGCUAGAUAUAGGGACAGUUUUUCUUUUUGCUAAAAAAAAAAAAAAAAAAAAAAAAAGCACCCAGUGAUAAAUCUAGCCACCUUAGCUUCUUACCAUAGACAAUUGCCCAUAAUGCCCUGUGAGCGAGAGGAAUACUUCUCUCUGUGUCUACUCAGUGAGUAGCAGAAAAUCAAUAAACAGAAAAACCUGGAACUAAGAACAGCAUUAUUGGAAAUUUUGCUUAAAAUACUGUAUAUGUGAGCACAGGGAAGGGGAGAGAGGGAAACAGAUAAAUGGCUGACACUAGGCUGAAUGCAAAUACAAAGCGAUAAUGCCAGUAUGUUACAGUGGUUCCACAACAGUUUUCAGCUACAUUCUUAAUUUUGCUCAUAGACUAUACAUAGUCCAUACAUAUACUAGGUUUUGAUAUAUACUAAGUGUUGUUAAAUACAAUGUUGCUCCUUCCAGUAUUAAAAAACACUGUGACCCGUCUAAAUUCUGCAAAAAAAAAAAAAACAAACAACAUUAGACUCGGAGGAAAAGUAUUGUCUCAUCUAAAGAACUCCAAAAAACUACUUUUUCUACAAACUGUAGUUUGUAGACUGAAGUUUCUGCUAGAGUCGACCACUGGCCAAAAAAAUCUUGAUUUGAAACUUGACUCGGACUCCAACCACAUGAUUAUAAAGCACUUUUAAAUUAGCAGCCUGUGGUACGUAAUCAAGAUGGUCAGUGUUGUCACCUGUAACCAGUGGCCCUCAAAUAGUAACACCAGGCUAAAAACCGAUGAACAAAUUUUCUUCCAGAAUUUUCCAUCACUUGUCCCAUAGUUUGUCAGGGACCUGGUACAGAAAAUGAAUCAUUAAUAAUGUCAAGAUAUUCCAUAAAAAUAUUCUGCUGGUCCCUCAGACAAACAUAUGUAAACCACUUGGUCACUAGGACACCCUUCUUCUCAUUGCCCAUGUUGGGUUCACUUUAAAGUGAGAGAGCCAUAUCUUUGUAAAAGUUUCCAGGACAAUUUCUAAGAUGACGGACAGCAACAUAGAACAACAAAAUUGCGGCUCGGGCAACAAGUGACAAAUAAUUGACAAAUGACAAAAUGACACAAAUAACUCCCAUGGAAUUGUCUUAUCUUUCAUAUUAAGGGUUUUUAUCUUUCACACCUAAACUGCCUUGUUCCAGUCUUAAUUAAACAGCUCCCCGCUUGUAAAUUGAUGAUAAGAAUGGCUUAUGGUUGUCAUAAAUCACUUUGGCGGCAUGAAUGUGAAGCCACAGCAGGUCAUAAAACAGACGCAAAGAGACAAAGUUAGGAGAUGACUGACCAAGGACAGAACCAAAUGUGACUAUUACGUCGUCAUUAAUGACUUUAUUAACAUGACCAUCCACUAAAUCCACUGUUUAAAGCCUCACUGCCAUUGUUAAAUGCACUGCAACAUGGUCACUUUAUAAUUAAUUCAUGCAUUGGUUCAUUUGUUAUCUUGUGUCACAGACUGGAAGAUGUUACUGACUCUGAAUCACUAAGUGUUUUUGGCGUGUAUUAAUGUUAACAUUAGGUUAGUGUUUAUGUCUGGAGCUAUGGUUUGUACUGUUUCUAGUUUACAUAGAAAAGGGCAAAGCAUAUAUAUAUAUAUAUAUAUAUAUAUAUAUAUAUACAUAUACAUAUAUGUAUAUGUGUGUGUGUGUGUGUGUGUGUGUGUGUAUGAAUGAAUAAGAUUGCUCACUAAUUGAUUCAGCAUUGACAAACAACUUGUUUUGACCUCUACUUCCUCUACUCUGUACAUUACAGCCAUGCGUAACGUAGCCUAUACCACCACCCUCUGAUGACACUACGCAGCCUUGUUAAUUCGCUCCAAACCAGUUGAUGGAAAUGAACCUAAUUUUGUGGCAUUCCUUUUGUACAUACUGACAUUCGGUCCACCCAAUGUUGUGGUAUUUUUGUGUAUUGUGAUAGAGGGCAGUCCUGAUGAUAAGCACACAGUGUUGGUCAGCAGAUACAGAAAGAGGACACAGGGUGAAGAACACGCCUUAAGAUCUCAGCUCUGCCACGUUGAGUGAUGAUUCGACAGCAAAUUUUCUUUACAUUGAGAUGAGAAUGUGUGGAAGCUGCCUUUCCUUGACCUGCACUGGCUUCAAGUCAGCAUGAUGGACAGAGGCCUCUGUCCUGUAAGGAUUGAGUUUGUAUGCAUGAAGCUUAUUGCUCUGUUUUGCUGCAUACCUCCAUUCUCCUACCUUCCCUUUGAGUCCUCCAUACUUUCAUCUUUCUUCAUAUCUCUGUGGCUCUAACUCAGACGACCCUUCAGUUGUUACUUCUCAGGCUGUUAAAGCUGUAAUAGGCAAGAUUUGUUUUUUUUCCCAGUAUUCCCAUCUGUUUAAAUUCAGGUCAAUCUGGUUUUUGUGUGGACACCAAAGGGAAAUCUCAGCCCACAGGAAAUAAUCCAAACAGUUUUCUGCAAAUGCAGCAAAAAAUGUACUUCAUGAUUUCGGGAUGUUUAUGUCUUUACUUUUCACUGCCAUUUCGGUCUGCCAGUUAGCUGAAGUGCACCUUUAAGUCAGUUUACCUUCCAUUUUCUGUCAUCUAAGACAUUAUAUUUCUGUGUUGUUUUUGUCUUUGCUGCUCAGCGUGGCUCCAUUGUGCACUGACAGAUUCAGGGUUGUGCUUUAAUUUUAUGGCACCUGACCUUUAGGCCUGACUUUGAUAAGCUCUCAGCACAUUUGUGCAUUAGUGUGUGUCUAGGUAAUUUGGACAAGGUUUGUGUGUGUGCGCACGUGUAGGUAGAGAAGGGUAGAAUUUUUGGGGACAGCGAUAUAUAAGUUGCAAGAGCUGUUUACCUUAAUCCAUGACAUGUCUGUGUGAGACAGAUGUGUAACACUGUCGGGACUAUUUUUCCUCCAACUGUGUGUGUGUGUGUGUGUGUGUGUGUGUGUGUGUAUAGUGUUAUAGCUGAAGGAGCGUAUGCCUGUUUGCUUGCAAGAGGCAAUCUGAAAUAAACUGAAAUCAUAAGGACAGUAUGAGUUAGAGUCAGUUUAGAACUUAGUUAAUAUGCAAGAGUACAGCAAGUCAUUUAUAUGCUGUGUGUGUCUGUAGUAUCCAUUCCUAUUAACAAGCACACAUCACACAGGCUUACCUUGAAAUUCUUUACAGCACAGUAGAUAAAAGCUGAAGUGCGGUGGUACAUAAAUCUUUAACGCAAGUUCACCAAGAGUGACAGCUUGUUAAUGAAAUAGGUCAACGAAAGGUGAAUGAUAAUUAAAAAAAUACUACUACAAUGAUUAAACCUUGAAAUUGACUGUGGUUGGUUAAUUUUUGAGCUGCCUUCGCAGUUAAUGUGAUGACAGAAGUGUUCCUAGUGGUACAAAAAUAACCGUGAUUUCAUGUGAAUGAUAGAAGUUGUUUUUCUUUCUAAUUAGAACUUAAAGCUGCAAUAGUUAAUUAAUUUCACAGGCCAAAAUAAAAACAAUAUAACUGAAAAAGCUGCAUAAAGAUGAGAUGAACUGCAGUUGGGUGAUGAUUCUUUGUGGGUUUGUCACUAUGAAUGACCACUUCCAUAUUACACAUUGUGAUUUGAUCUGCUGUUAAUAUGAAAAUGUUGAUGAGUACAGCUUUAAAUAUCUGUUAGGUCUGAAUAUUAAGGCAUUUUUGCAUCAAAUGAGUCUGAAUUCUAAACAAAUAAUAUACUUUUUCCCGACAUUUUUUCAAUAUAAUUUAAAACCAAAUCUGACCUGUUACUGUUGUCAAAUCAGGUUUGAGAAUAAAGCUGCACAAGCUCUAUGAGCCUAGAAAUACCAAAAUCCUAAUGGAACAAUCAGACAACCAAAACAAAACAAUUUGAUGAGGAGGGAGAAGUUGCACAAUUAUUGACAUUUUGAAUCUCAACAACCUUCAAAAUGUUGGGUCUUCAAUGUAGUAUUUGAAAAUAUCAAAAGACAAUCCUUAAUACAAUUUUUGCCUUUUUCGGUCUUCCUUUUGGUUUCAACCAGUUUUAUCGAGGACUAGUUUGUUGAAUGUUGUGUAAAAGUUGGAUUUUAACACUCGAUGUUGAUCCAGAGAACAGCGGGAUAUUUGAAGAAGUGCGAUGUAUGAUUGGAUCAGAUAAAUUGUUUUGGUUUUUCUCAGUGAAACACUAAAAUGUCAAGGGUUCGUGUUAAUUUCUAUUUCCAGAUAACAUAUCCUCAGUCAGUGGUCCUGCCUCAUGAAAUGUUCUGCAGGCCAAACUGGGCUGAUUUUUAGUUUUUGUUUCUAAACUUCUGCCUAAAGACAAAAACACAAUGUGAGAAGGUCACUGUGUACAAGACACUUACAACGUGUGUGAAACUGUAUGAAUUAGUCCAUGCCUUCCAGUUGAGAAUGAAUCAUAGCACUCACAAUGUUUCAGUAUCUCAUAAUAUUAAAAAUGAUGCUUGACUUGAA